AUGCGUACUCGUUUCUCCCCCAUGAUCAUCCUCUUUGGAACUUCGCAUGAGCAGCUCAUUCUUUGGCAUCGCACCUCUGGGAAUAUCAUCAUGUUAUUCCUACUUACCCAUGGAGUGCUGUAUCUCAAUUACUACAUUGUUUCCGGUACCUUGAUCGAACAUUUGCAGGGUCUUCAUGCCUCAACAGGAGUAAUCGCCGUAUCACUAGGUGCUGGUUUGGCGGGUACAAGCCUCGAUGCUAUCCGAAAAUGGAGCUACCGCGUUUUCUUUCUCUGUCACCUCACCAUUGGCUUGGGAAUUAUGCCAAUUUUGUUUUUCCACGCAAGUCCCCUUCGUCUAUACACGAUUGAAGCCCUGGCAUUAUUCAUUCUAGAUCGCAUUCUCCGUCGCUUGGACACAGUCACUGAACCUGUGACAAUCACCCAAAUACCCCACACAGAUCUCAUGAAGAUUCAAGUCCCUAUCGCGUCAUCCAAGCUGAGCCGUUUCGAAUUCAAUCCCGGCCAACAUGUGUACGUCGCUAUGCCAUCGGAAAAAAGUUCAAAAAUCAGCAAGCGCCUACUUUCAAAUCCAUUCACAGUCGCCAAGGUAUCAUCGACUGGCAUCACAUUAGUUCUUCGUGCUUUGCAGGGUCCAACCACCCAGAGCUUAUGGUUACACGCACGACGUUUUCACAGUAAGCCCCUACUCAGCAUUGAAGGGCCAUACGGAUGUCCCAUCAGCAUCCCCAAUCUCAUCACGAAUUUCGACCGUAUUCUUCUCGUCGCAGGUGGCAUUGGCGCUACUUUUACAUGGCCUAUCUAUGGGGCUCUGCGGGAACAACUAGAAGCUGAAUCUCGGGAUCCAGAUCAACUCAAUUUCAUAUGGGCAGUGAGAUCAUCUGCGGAAGCUAGUUGGAUCAGCGAUUCUGAAGAGCAGGCUUUCUCAGAGGAUCCGAAUAUUCAAAUUUAUCUGACGCGACAUCAUGACUUGGCGGAAUCAUUAGAUCACGAGCUUUCCGAUGAAGGGAUAGAGAUGGAUGACAUGCAUACAAAUCCUGGAUUGAUUGGAGGAAUCAAGCCGAGGAUUGGAAGGCCAUUUUUGAAAGAUAUUGUUGAACAGAUAUUCGGUAUAAAUACUGGAGAACGUGUUGCGGUUCUCUUCUGUGGGCCACAGGGCAUGGGGCGUGAAUUGCGAACACAUGUGCGCGGAUGGACUGUGCAGGGACGAGAUGUCAUGUGGCAUGAAGAAAGUUUUGGAAUGUAG